AUUCAAAACCGAGCAACCAAAAGAAGAUAACUGUUUUUCCCUUUUCCUUGACAAUUGAGAGAGAUAAAUAACAAUACACAAAAAACAAUUUCCCUCCUUCCCUUACAACAAGGAACAGGUAAAAUCAGAAAUUAUUCAACCUUCUUUUUUUUCAAUCCUGUUAACCCAUUUUCAACAACUCUGUUGACUUUGUUUGUUCUCCUUCAUGCUUUGAACGAUUUGAUUUUUAUUAUUACCAAAAAAAAUUAUGGCAACAGAGAUUUUGCGGCCACAGGAUAUAUUAACUCAACGGUUCAGAGUUUCACCGUCGGCGUGUUAUCGUCGGAGAAACAACUUUGGUAACGGAAAUGACUAUUUUAACCCUAGGUCUUCUUAUGGGAACCGGAAACAGGUGGUCAGAACGGAAAGGGAAAGAUCUGAGAAGAAGAAGGUGAAAAACCAACCUGAGCCGUUGAUGAGGAGGAGAUCUGCGAGUUCCGAGGAUUUGAGACCGACUCACAACGCCGGUAAGUUUAACGGUGGUGUAGUGAUGGGACAGGUGACGAUUUUGAGGAGAGGCGAGUCUUUGGAUUCUCUGAACUCAAUGUAUGGAACCAGACCGGGUAAACCCGAAAUGGUGCACGAGCAGAUCCGUGUCGGGUUAUCGUCGGCCGACGUCUACGCCGGUUCAGCUUUUUCAAAUUCGCCGUCGCCUAGAGCUCUUCCUUUGCCUUCCUUUUUCAACAAAAAGCAAGAAGAUUUCAAGUCUGAUGACUUUGCCAGUAGAGAUUUGAGGCGCUUGCUCCGGCUGGAACACUAGGAGGAUCCGGUUAUGACGUUCCCUGAAAAUGAUCCGACCCG